GGCUGUCCAUAACGUCAUUUAAAGGGAUCUGCAAAAACGUCAACAAACCAUUGAAUAAUAUUUUAAUCAUGGCGUCGGAGCCAGCUGUUUCAUCAGUUGAAAUUGUUCAGGAAGUUCCAAAUUCCAGCGUAGAAGAUGACACAAAUAUUGACCUGGGAGAGCCAGUAAAGAAAAAGAUAAAAAGUGAAGAAAAACGGCCUUUACAGAAAGAGGAGCAACUGGAGGAGAGGUUGAAUGGAAUCCUCUGUUGUUCUGUUUGUUUAGAUUUGCCAACUGCAGUCGUUUACCAAUGUAUCAAUGGGCAUUUGAUGUGUGCAGGGUGUUUUACCCACCUUCUUGCUGAUGCUAGACUGAAAGAUGAGACAGCAACAUGCCCUAACUGCCGAUGCGAAAUCAACAAAAACCUGUGCAGUCGCAACCUAGCGGUGGAGAAGGCUAUCAGUGAACUGCCGUCGGAAUGCCAGUAUUGCUUACGGAGUCUCCCGAGAAACAUGCUCGAACGGCAUGAAAAAUAUGAUUGCUUGGAAAGACUGACAAAGUGUCAAUAUCAGCGUAUCGGCUGCAACUGGCAGGGCACGUUUCACAAGCUAGCCGAUCACGAAGAGGAGUGUUCUCACCCCAAGAAGACUGGGGUGGAAGUGAUGAAAGCUCUCGAUGAGAUUGAUCGCCAAGCAGGUCAAGAACUGAAGAUGCUCAGGAGUAUAUUUGACCUGCUGUCAUUCGAGAAGAUCACCUAUCAUGAUCUUCAACUAAAACCAUAUCGCACCGAUGAUUUUAUCACGAGGCUGUACUACGAAACCGGACGUUUCUCCGCGCUCAGCCAGCAAUGGGUCAUCAAGGCCCGUGUCAAUGAUGAUCACCGGAAUCCCACGUUGAUGUGGGAGCGCAAGAUAAGUUACCAGCUUAUUUUGAAGAGCAAGAUAAACAGCACCGUGGAUGUUCAUUUUGUGGUGUUAAAGGGACCCUUUGGUGAUGCAAAGAUCAAGCCACUAAUCCAUCGAUUUGAUUUCUCUUCUGAUAAAUCCGAAUGCCCAUAUAACUUCCUUCCUUUACUAGACUCAAAUGAAUGUAAUAAACUUCUGUCUGCUAAAACAAUAAAUUUUCGCGUAAUAAUGUUCCAAGUCCCUAAAUAAUUUAUUACGUAUAUAAUAGUAUUCUAUUAAAAAACUAAAUUUUUAAAAGAUGAUUAUUUAUCAAUGUUCCUUACUAAUCCUAAAUUAACACCCAAAAAAAUCAUAUAACUCUUAACAAACCCAAUAAAAACCAUCUGGUAGUUUCAGUUGUGCAUGUGCAUGUCAAAGGUCAAGGUGUAUAAACAAACAAUAUAAUGCAGCCUGUAACAGAAGACAUGCAUACACAAACAGAAUGAGUAUUAUGCAUAUUCAUUACAUGCAUGCUCUGUUCUGGGCUAUGUUAUUUGUUUACAUGCCUUGACCUUUGACAUAAACAUGCAUUAAAACUACAAAUUAGCUUAUUCGUCAAACAUAAUUCUAACACCAUUUCUGUUACACAUAAAAUCCCAUUAUACCUAGAGUGGCUUUCAAAGCCUUGUUUUUUUGUUUUCAAAUACCUGUCACAAAUCAUUCUUAAAUUUGAACAAAAAAUCCUAUUUUAUUUGCAUUUCUAUUUAUAUCAAGGGUCCUUGUAUAUAUAUUUUUAACAUGUAGAUUUUGUCCAUUCAGUGGGUUAAAUUUUAAACUUGUUAUUGUUGACUUGCAGUAGGAGAACACCAUGGGUGCAAUAAUUUUAGCGAACACAUUUUUAAAAAUGUAUUCACAAUUUUUACUUCUUCCGUAUUCCAAUAAUUUGGUAUCACUGUAUUGUAUUGUGACAUCUGACUGAUGGAGUGUGAAUUUUGUGAAUAAUUGCCAGGUGAUGUUAGAAUUUUUGCCCUUUUCUCUGAUUUAGGUAUACGUUUUUUUUUUAUGGAAAAAAAAAAAAUUGGCAGUGAAUUUAUGGGCUAUUAAAGCAGUGGGGUAAAAUUAUUUAGUAUGGCAUGCAGUAUUGCUUUUAUUGUCCAUACUUUAAUUAUUUUAGUUGGGUAUGUAUUUUUUCAGCAUUUUUAUGAAAAUACAAAACAUAUGCAUGAGUGGCUGGGGUGGUAUUAUUGGUAUGUGUGUGCUUUUUUUUUUUUUAUAUAAUUAUUAAAUUUAGAAAAAUAUUCUUAAAUUGCCCAGACUUACUUUUACAUCUACCAUCAUAAUAAUUUUUGGUAUUUUAUUCAUGAUGUAAAAAUUUUUAUUUUAUUUGCAUUAAAGAUAUGUACUAUCUCUUGUUAAAGUAAUAGAAAAACCACCCCAAAAAAUUAUUAAAAAUCAAGAUGGCUUCCAUUUCAAUUUGUGAUUGAAUAACGAUUCACAAUGCCACGGUAAUAUUUAAAAAUAUUAAAUUGCAAUACCACAUAUUUUGUUUAGAAGACCAAACAAUGCUCUCUGACUAUUAUUAAGCAACAGUCACCAUUUUAUUGUGGGAGGGACCAGUCAGGGUUAUAGGAAAGAUUAUGUUUUUACUUUUGAAAAUGUUGAAAAAAUAACCCCUUUAUAGCACACACAUUUUACAUCUGAGUCAACCAUUAAAAAAAAUCUAUGUUUAAUAUAAGUUUAUUAACUUAUUAUUAUUAUUAUUAUUAUUAUUAUUAUUAUUAUUCAAAUCAAUAUUUUUAUAAUUCUGGCCAGUGCUCUCAGCUUAGUUGACUAUAUAGUUUCUUUUUGUUAAAUAUUACUGUUGAUAAUAUUAGUUUAAUUAGUUUGCAAAAUAUAUAUAAUAUAUGAUUUCUUAUUUAUUCUCAACAAAAUUUUGAUACUCUAAUUAGUAUUAAUUAUAACAAAGAUCUAAUAUACUUAAAUAUAAUAUAUCUCCUUUUCAGUCCAAUUUGUCUACUAAUCAAAAAUUUGGAUUUACCUUGACAUUCAGUUUAGCCAUAUUACACUAAAACAAUACUUCUACACUAAAAUGUAGCAAAUAGUAUUUCUGAAAUUGAUUUUCAGAUUUAACAGUGUACAGAAUAAAUAUUAAGUGUAAAUAAUUUGAAGUGGUAAUACUAAAUAUUAAUAUUGUCAGUGAACGCAAAUAUACACAUUUUAUAUUUCAUAUGGUAGGGGUGGAUUUAGAGAGGGGCCUAAACAGGCAUUAGCGCCCCCGGGGGGCCCAACAAUCUAAAAUGUUACCAACUUGCUAGUAGGUUGACCUAAAUUAAAAAAUUAGAACCCCUGAUAUAUUAGUUUAUCAACCACACCCACAUAGUGAAGGGACCAUACUCCAUGUUGGGAUUAAGAUGGUGAUUUAAGCCAUCUAAAAUUUGGUAAGUGUGACACCUCCUCCCCACCCCCCAGCAAAAAAAUUCUAGAUCCACCCCAGUAAGAAUACAUGAUAUUGUUAAUAUAUAUAAAUAUAUGUAUAUAUCAAUUAUCAUACAUGUAUUUAUACAUAUCGCAUUAUUAUGUCUUACAAAACAUUGUUAUAUAAUAAUAGAUUGUUAUUGUAAAUGUGCAGUAGCAGUACAUACAAAACAAUAUUUUGUAAUAUAUUGUGGUAUACACAGCAAUAUUGCUGAAGUUAGGGAAGUUCAAAAGGCCAGUAUUCUCCACGUGAUCAAAACUUUCAGAGUAGAUUUUAGCUUGCGUAGGCCUAGGCCCUACCCUGUCGCAUGGUACUGUAGAUUAGUUAGUUGUAGCUAAAAGCCUGAUUGUAUCAUUAGUUGUAGAUAUUAUUUCCUGUUCUUGUUUUAAUGCCACCUAGAAAAGAGGAUCCUCACCUUUGCCAGGAAAUUAAGUAAGGUCAAAUAUUUUGCAGUUUUUUUUUUUCUUGUGUUAUAGGAUUUUAUUGUCGUCCGUCCAAAUAUUAAUGCGCAUUUAGUGGCAAGGUUUUAGUAGUAUCAUUAUUUGUAUGAUAUGGCUAUUAGUAGGUAUUGUGUUGAUAUUUAUAUUUAAUUAAUUUAACAUAUAAAUAGUUAAUACAUUUAUUUUCAUUAGAGCUGUAAUAGUUUAUCAACAAAAUUCCUUUCCUUUGGGUGACUAUCACCCUAUCAUCAACAUUGCUGUCAUAAUGGUCAUUAACUAUACCUUCAGCCGGUGUCACAACAUUGUCUUCCUAUGUUCAGACAUUGCCUUCGGUCACUGUCACCCCAGUCAUAAAUGUUGCUUUCAUACUGUAUCAUCGUUGUCACCACAAAGUGACGCUAAGUAGCAUUUGUCUGUCUGUGAAAAAAGCAUAUUUAUUGUGCACAAUAAAAAAAAAUGUUUUUUUUUGUUUUUUUUGUUUUUUUAUAAACAGACACAAAAUACAUUUUGUCACUUUAUGGUAAUUGCAAUGGUAUGAUCAUCAAUAUUGGUCUUGUUCAUUAAAACCUUCGUAAUCAACGUUAUGCACUAUGAGGUAACAUUUGGUGCUGUGGCCAAACAAAACACUUACACUUACUGUACCCUUGUUUUGUGAGUGAAUUAACUACACUUCCUAAAUGGAUCUGAUUAUAUCAGGAGUUAUACAGUGUUGGUGCUAGGAUUGGCCUGAUUGGUUGGAGCAUGGAGGUAUAAAAUAAACUCCAUGGUUGGAGAGGGGUAGAGAUUUGACAAUUUCUGACCGAGACCUGUGGGUCUUUGAAAAAAAGAAAAAGACUAGUUGGGACCAAGUGCACCUCGCACAUAGAAAAGCUACGAAAUUGUGGGAGUUUUUUUAAGCUGUUCUGAGCUUUCAGCAUUUAUUAUACCUUAUGCUUUUAAAGAAAAAAUUUAAAAUUGUCCAGUAUUUUCAUGCGAUUCAUGCCCCAUGGAGGCUUUCGUCUUUCUAAAGGGGCACUACUACUGGUAAUACUAUAUGCAAUUCAAGGGUUUUUUUCAAUUGAAAAAAAGUGCUAGAGAGAGUCCAUAAAUAUUUUCCAACUACUGUAUACCAUUUACUAUAUCAUCAAAUUGAAUUACCGUUAAUAAUAUUUUAUGCAAUUGCUUGCAACGUUCACUUAUUCUUUAGAGAGAUAUUCACAGCAAACCAAGUUUUAUUUUUUUACCAUCGCUAAUGGUCUUUUGUUAUUUUGUUAUUUGGUCACUUGACCCAUACUUCCCUGUAUUGUUCUCCAAUCCUCUUAUAGUUUUAUUGAAUUAGUCAUGCCUUCGUUAAAUGAAUGUGGGCCAAUGAUGAUUACUUGAAUAACAAAAUACAUGCUAAUCUCUGAUAUAAAUUUUCGUUAGUAUACAGGAUUAUUGAUUAUUUGAGAUCUCAAUUCAAUAUUAAAAUUUUAAUGAUCCUUUGUUAAAUUUGGAACAAAAAAAAAAACACUGAAUACAUUAUUAAAAAAAAGAAUACUUUACAGUAUUUCAAAUAGUAAAAUUAUUUUCCCAACAAAUUGGUCAUUUACUGAAUCAUUCUAUGAUGAUGUGUUAUGGCAAUACAAACUAUUAUUAGUUAUGGAUGGGUAUAGGAUAGAUAGUAUUACAACAGUAUAUGGUAUGGUAAAGCAUUUCUGAACACAAAUCUCAAACACCAGACACCCCCCUCCCCAAUCCUCCUCGGAGCUUUACACUUUGUAUUCCCCAACCCAUACUCCAGUUAAAUAACACUGAUUCUCGCUCUCUUUUUGAGUGUUUACACACCUUUAAUUAAAAAGGAAAUUGAUUCAGGAAAAUUUACUAUAAGUUUAAUAUAGUAUUUUGGCAUAACACUUAAUAAUACACUGCUAUGAUGAUUUUAUACCAAAUUACCAGGUGCUAUCUCUAAAAUCAGGUUACUCUGUGUGAUUGUUCAUUUCCAAAUUCUGUGUUUAGUAAUUAUUUAAAAGUGCUCUUCAUUUUGAUUUGAAUUUCUUUCAUAUGCCAGUGUAAGUGGUAAAUGAGUUUGUAAAUACAACAUGUUCAGUAACAAUUUGCUAGGAUCAGGUACUAAUAGUUGAGUAGGCCUACUGAUAGGUACAGUAUAUCUGGAUUUAGUUUUACGGUAUUAUAAACUCACCCCAUAAUUUAGGAAUGGGCUGAUGGGAAAAAUUUCAUCCGUAUCAAAGGUCGGAAAAUAUAUGAAAGAUUUGAGAAAAUUAGUAAUUUUAAGAGGUGUUAUUGUGCAAGUAUUAAUGUAACCUAAAUAUCUUUAUUAAUAUCUAUGUUUAGAAUUUUUCUUAUUUUCAUUUCAUAAAUUAUUCAUUCAGUUAUAGGAAGAAAAUUCCUUUGUUAUAGACCAAAUAGUCUUUUUUUUUUUUUAGUUCUUUUCCAGUUAAAGUAUUUUCAUAUCUAUUCACUAUUUAAUUUCAUUUUAUUUAUUAUACUGUAUUACAUUAUAAUCGGUUAUAUUAUUCCUUUACUAUCCUAAAUUAAAUUUCCAUGUAAUCAACUCUUUCAUCUACAUAAGUGAUAAUACCGGUAGGUUGUUUAUAGGUUUCUUUGUGACAUCCCUAUCUAGCUGUGCAAAAUAUAGACGUGUUGAAUAUUAUACAGUAGGCUCACCUGCUGGGCUUACAUCAAAUCCCUAGUAUUAACUUUGGCUAAACCUUCAUAACAGUUAUGUUUGAGAUGUAGCUGAACAACACCCCAUCCCCCUCUAUCCAACCACUGUAUUUCACCAAAUAAUUAUUUUUACCUACAGUACUUUUAAUGUGUGCAUUUUUGGUGUGGUCAUUCACACAACCCCGUUCUUUUUCACUCAGAUUACUAACAAUUUCACAAACCCUUCUCUCAUGCAGAAUGUAUGACACCCCUGAUGGUACCCCAUGUACUCCUUCAGGUUAAUGACAUCCGUAUUAAUAUUUGACCUCUACGUUAAUUUUUAAAGGGUAGCCAUGGGAAAUGAACAUUUUUUAAGGUAGGCAUACAGUAAUUGAAGCAUAAAAAAACAAUCUUGCAACUAUUUUAUUAGCUUGUAUACAUAUAAGAUUUGCAAUAAAUGCACUAAAGUUGUAUUACCACA